AUGAAUCAAUUCCAAUCCUUCUCUCAGCCCCAGCCACUGCCCGUGUCAGAAUAUGCUUUUCCAGGAGUUCUGCAGUUCCUUCAGUCCGAAUGGCGUCGAUUCGAGCGUGAUAGGAAUGAAUGGGAUAUUGAAAAGGCUGAAAUGAAGGCACGCAUUGCCUUUCUAGAAGGCGAGAAGCGUGGUGUUGAUAACAUCAAGAUUGAUCUUAUGAAGCGUGUCAAGAUGCUAGAAUAUGCCCUGAGACAGGAGAGGAGUAAAUACGUCGAAAGCAAGGAUAGCAAUGCGGUCAGUGCCCCAUCACAAUCCCCAUCCGGUGGUGUAACUCGCGUUGAGAUCUUAUCUCAGAAACUUCACAUUCCCAUGUCGUCAAGUGCAAACGGUGUUACUGGACAAGUAAACAACAAGGGCAUGAACAGGUUGUCGACUUAUAGCAAUCCAGGACAGAACAUGAGUCAAGUCAGCCCAACUUCCUCAACCCCUGCAUUUGAUCCAAUAGGACGCGCAAAGAGCAGGGAGUUCCUGAGAAUAUGUCUUCAAGAAAUCAGCUAUUUGACCUCUUCUGUGCCUCAGUCCAUUGCAGUAACCAUGCCGCCAGCACCAAGUCGACUUGCUCGAAAUGAAGCCGAUAGGCGUUCGGCUGCUGUAGGAGCUAGAAAUAGAAGGAGCGACUUUUUCCCUGCCAACCAGUCGGCCGUAGCCCCACCACCUUUGAACAGAGCAAAUUCAGUCCCUGUCUCCACUCUACAGUCAUUUUCUGCACCAAAGCCCUCUGCUCUUACCCAGCCUCUGGACCCAGCAGAUGUGGGAAUCGCUGGCGCCCCAGUUGAGGAUAAGAUCGAGGACGCCACUCUGCGACAGUUUCCAUCCAAGCCACGCUCAAUAGUCGCCGAGGGAUUGACAAAUACCACAAUAGCAGCCAAGACAGCUUCGAAGUCUGCUCCUGCCCCUUUGGUCACUCCCCCUUCAAAUGGCGCAAAACAGGAACAAGAGAAGGCUGCCUCUGAUGAAUCGGACAAUGUCGACGAGGAGCCUAUAACCGUCAUGCACUCGCCACUUUCCGGAGAACAAUGGCAUGCUCAACUUCAAAAGGCAGGCCAGCAAUUGUCUCAGCAGUCCAAAUCCAAGAAGACAGGUACCAAGGUUGAGGAUGAGGUUCAAUUGAGCAAGGAUGUCCAGGACAAGUUCAACAUUUCGUCCGAAAGGUUAAAUAAGAUGGUCAAGGACUGGGACAAGUCUAAACAAGAUGGAGGAGUAGUUGGACAAAAAUCGAUCCGAAAGAAGAAGGGCAAGGAUUCAGCAAUGCUGGAUGAGCUUGCCAGCUUGAGCGUAACUGAAGAUGAUGUCGCUGAUGUUGGAAGUAAAGAUGGAGAACCUUUAUCUGAUGAGCCGCCUCGCUGGCGCCCUAAGAUCACUUUGAGAAGACACAUGGACACUGUGCGCUCGAUUGCAUUCCACCCCACCAACAAAUCAAUACUAUCAGGAUCAGAUGAUGGCACUAUGAAAUAUUGGAACUUGGAGUCGUCGCUGAAGGAAGGGAAGCGGCCCCUCAAUGGGGAGGUUGAUCCUAUUCAUACGUAUCGAGGACAUACUAAGGCUGUUACCGCAGUCGUCAUCUCGGCUGAUCAAAACAAAUGUUUCUCUGCCAGCUUGGACUCGACAGUGCGAUCCUACAAGCUAGCCCCUAUGAACAAGGAAACAUAUGCUCCUCUCGACCCAUCGAUGACAUUAUCAACAUAUAUUGGUCAUACAGAUGCAGUGUGGGACAUUCGACUGUUCCCUCUGUCAAUCUCAUCUUCACAGUUAUUAGGAUCCAUAUCUGCUGAUGGAUCACUCAAGAUCUGGGAUACGGAGACAAAGGGCUCGCCACUGAAAUCGUCAUGGGGAUACAACGGCGUUGAAUCCAAGUCUGCUACGACGAAUGCGUUGUCACAACUACCAGUGCCAACCAGCCUGGAUUUCUGCCCAACCGACUUGAAGAAGAUGGUAGUCAGUUAUACAAACUCUGUGAUUAAGCUCUUUGAUAUUGAGACCGGAAAAGUCAUCCUGACAUUCAAGAGCGAUGAGUCCUAUGAUGGUACUCCAGCGACACAGAUCAACAAAGUGAUCUGCCAUCCUACGCUACCGAUUGUAGUUUCUGGUCACGAGGAUCGGUAUAUUCGCUUCUUUGAUCUCAACAGUGGAGCAUGCACAUUUUCAAUGUUGUCGCAUUUGGACGCAGUUUCUUCAUUAGAUAUUGACCCUGCAGGACUAGUUCUUUGUUCGGGCGGUCAUGAUUCAUCAGUUCGACUCUGGGAUAUUGCAUCAUCAACACGGCCAUGUGUUCAAGAAUUCACGGGCCAUCGUCGCAAGGGUGACGAAGGGGUGUGCGCAGUCCAGUACCAUCCAACACUACCCAACCUUCUAGCCACAGGAGGAGCAGAUUCAAUUGUGAAGGUGUACACACGAAGCUAA